UGUAAAGUCACAUGAUUUGUUUCAAAUAGAGCUAGAGAGCACAAUGGCAACUAGCACAUACUAUACUAGCAGUGACCAAUCACAGAUUGAGUAUGAAUUUGUUGGUGAGAAGCCAAAUGAGGAUUACUUUUGUCCAGUCAACUUCAAACUACUACUUCAUCCGCAACAAACCUCGUGUUGUGGACACCAUAUAUCGAGGGAAGCUGCUAGCAAGCUCUUACAACAGCGGGCUCCUUGUCCACUAUGUAAAACACUCACUUUCAACACAUACAAUGACAAGUACUUUUGUCGUAGAGUUGAAGAAGUAAAGGUUUUUUGCCCAUACAAAAAAAGAAGUUGUGACUGGAUUGGAGAAGUGGGAGCACUAAACAAACAUGUGUCCGCUUGCUCGUUACGUAUGUGGAAUUGUGUUCACUGCAAGUUAGAUUUUGAUCAACAUAUGAUUCAUUGUCCCAAAGCUUUAAUUCCAUGUGAAAAUAAUUGUGACACUACUUUUUUGAGGCCUGAGGCUACAGACCACAAGUUGAUUUGCCCCUUGGAAACUGUAGAAUGUGGUUUUUAUGGAUUUGGUUGCACUGUGAAGAUACUGCGAAAAGAUCUUGCCAAGCACAUGGAAAAGACCGGCAUGCAACAUCUAAUAGAUGCCACUGUCAGCAAUCUUAAAAUGACGACUAAAAUUAGGCUGGAAAUGGAAGACAGAAAUCGGGAAAUCACUACCAUGCAAAAAUCGAUUAAUGAUGUGAAACAAAUUAUGUUAGAUGUGCUCAAAGUGUCAUCAUCGCAUGGAAAUCAACCGUUUGCUGGCUGUAAUCAAGUAGGCUUUUCACCUCAGGGACAGCGUACUGCAUUUGACCAAUAUGUAAACUCCCAGCAGCAGCUAAGACAGGGGGAAUCACCUCCCUUCCAGUUUGAUGAAGUUGGACAUUUUGGGGCAGCUACAUCACAAAAUAGAAAUCCCAAACAACAACCACGACCCUCACAAGGUUACACACCCCUUGGCAACCCUCCUGCUCAGCCCAAACCUGGUGAAGUGCCAUUCAGAGUGAAUAUGGUGGCUGAGCCGCCUCGUCAGCGAGCAGUUGGAGGAGGUGGUGCGUUUGAAAAGCUACUGUGUGGAACUCCUGGCUGCUCAUUCAAAGGAUAUCGUGACCUGAGAAAUUUAUGCCCUGAUUGUUAUGAAGAGACCACUCGUCUUAAAGCCCCAGACAAGUUCCCGCUUGUAUAAAUUGAAUUGUGUGCAUGCACUAGCUAUAGCUAACUGCAGGAGUUCAUGCACUCCUGCUAACUGUUUAUUACAUUGUGUUAUGAACUUUGUGUGUAGCUGUUUGUACAUUGUAAAUUAUGAUCUUUAAUUUAUUAAUCCCCUUGAGUACUCCAA